AGUGUUAAACUACAUCGAAUAUGAUUCGUUCAACGAGAGAAGAACUCGGGAUUCUAUCCAAUCAAACGCGCUGUAAUAGUUAUGAGAUACAUCCGGUUGUUUUCGCGGUAUGCUGUCGCUUCUGAAAAACAGGUGCAGUUUGCCUUUGCUAAAUCAUCGAUGAUCACAGCGGUAUGCUUCCUUUCUUGGAGGUGCAUGUGAGAAGUUAGCUUCGGCAUGGAGAACUUAAAGCAUUGGAGCAUUGGGCACGUUGGACGGCGAAGUGUUCCCUUGACAUUCAACAUGUUCAAUGCCAGCUCGGUAGUGAGCGUCCAACCUCCCCACACAGCACCUACCGUUGCUCAAGUCACUUUGUUUCUGUUAUGGCUCACUGCAAUCGUCAUGUGGCUUCUCCGAUACUUUUACAGUCGCCAACGGAAUGGAGUUUCCGAGGCGACCGGUGAUUUAGAUCUUGAAGCCUCCGCGACUGACACGGAGCAGGAUUCACCGAACAAAAACGAUCCGGAAAACGGGAACAGAAACACGCCGCAGAGGAAGUACGCACAGAAUCUAGGUGCUCAAAACAGCAUUGUAACUACCGAAGCAACGGCGGAAGUUAUUGUUAACGUUCAGCAGGAAAGUGCCCAAAAUGGACUUGAUGCCCAAAAGGGUAACAUCGAAAGAGACAUUCCAAAUGGAAAAGUCACCACUGACCUCAGUGACGAAAAUCCGCAACCAAAUUCUGUUCACAUUGCACCUCAGGAGAAAAAGCGUGACACAACUCAAGAUCUGAAGAUGCCAGAAAAAGAAGCGAAAACUUUCUCCAAAGUGAAGCCGCCACCAACAUUUGACGAGUUCUUAAAAUACUGUGCCGUGUUCGGCCUGAUAAUGAUCUUCUUCUACGUGUGUGACUACCAGCAUCACUGGCCCGUAGCGGAGAGGCAGUACUCGCGAGACUUGUUCAUGUUUCUGGUCCUCCUGCUGUUUGCUGUCGCAGGGGCGUUCACAGUACAGAAAACACCAGAUAAACUUCUCAACAGGGACCAGACUGAGGAAUGGAAGGGUUGGAUGCAGGUAAUGUUCAUCUGGUACCACUACUACAGGGCGACAGAGACUUACAACUACAUCAGGGUAUUCAUUGCUUGUUACGUCUGGAUGACUGGAUUUGGUAAUUUCUCUUUCUUCUGGGUUCGCAAGGAUUUCUCUCUUUGGCGUUUUCUAAAGAUGCUGUUCCGCUUGAAUUUCCUGGUAGUCAUGACCAUGCUGGUAACCGACAACAGCUACAUGCUGUACUACAUCUGCGCCAUGCACACCUAUUGGUUCUUGUCGGUCUACGCGUUCAUGGGGAUCCUCCCUUCCUGGAACGAGAACCGAGUCAAGAUGGCCGCCAAGUUCAUCUGCUACUUCGUAAUCAACUUUUUGGUCUUUGAUACGCAACUACGCGAGGUUGUCUUUAAGCCGUUUUGGCUUGUGCUGUCGUACAAAGGUUCCAUGCACGAGUGGCUGUUUCGAGCCGGGUUGGACCACUAUGCCGCUUUCGUUGGGAUGCUCUGCGCGUACAACUACCCCCACUACGAACGCUUCAUGAAUUAUCUGGACAAGCGCCACCUCAAUCGCAGCGAUUAUUUAUCCUCAAUUUACAUCAAGUUGUUCCUCAGCGGGCUUCUUUGUAUCGCCGUGGCUAUCUGGUACGACAACGUCAUGUGGCGUGAUAGGUACGACUACAAUGAAUACAACCCCUACACAACAUGGCUGCCAAUACUCGUUUACAUCUUUUUCCGUAACCUGUUUCCGUGGUUACGGGUGCGGUAUCUUGGCCUCUUCGCGUUCCUCGGUAAGAUCACAUUAGAGACAUACAUCAGCCAGCUUCACAUCUACAUGCAGUUCGGCGCGCGCAAGCUGAUCGUUUUCAUCCCCGAUUAUCCGCUUCUGAAUUUCGCGCUUGCGUCGGUCCUCUACUUGUUCUUGUCGCAAAGGCUGUUUCAUCUGACGUUAGAGUUUAGCGCUUUCGUGUUGCCCAAGGACAUGAAGAAAGUUGUCAUGAAUUGCAUCGUGGGAGCCGUGGUAGUCGGCUUGCACUUGUGCUUCGCUCUGCUCCUGCGGGAAAUUGGAAUCGUUUAAAUCCUGAUUCCCUCAUAGAACACGGAACACGGACAUCCAAGAGUUUCGUACAUUGCCUUGUCUAGUUUCUUGACCUAUUGUUUAUGGUGGCUUCAUAUUCCAAGAUGUUUAUUUUAGUUGCUAAAACAUGUAUUCAAGAUAAUUUAUUUUUACAGAAGAUAGUUGGUGGUGGAAGACUUUUUAUUUUUUUGCAACUGUUAAAUGCUUGCAGUCAGCUUGAAGUUUUUGCAAAAAUGAAGCAUUUUGUUUUGAAUUUGUUCUUAAUUGUCAAUAGGAUACCAAAUAUUUGAUACAUCAUGAAAAAAAUGUAAAUCUGGAGAAAAUAAAUUUCUGAAGACAUUUCAAACUUCUGUGACGUCAAUUCAUAAAUUCUCAUGUGUACAUUGGAAAUGAAAGAUUAGUGUCUUGAAAUAAUUGAGGUCAGAGAAGUUGGUUCUGAGAAGGAAAUUUUACUAAUAAUAUGAUAGCUGUUUUGUAGCAAAUUGUUGCACUUUUAAAAAGUUCUUUUGUGCAAUCAAUGCCAAAAAAUAGUCUUUCAUUUUAUCUGUUAUUUUUAGGAAAUCUGUACAUUUCUAUUUCAUAGAAUUAUCCUUGGUAUUGUUUUUUUUUACCCUAACUCCAUACGGUUUGUGAAAAAUUAUAUUAAAAUUGAACCAGCAGCAUUAAUGUCUAAUAAAAAAGGAUAUUUUUUUAAAGAGAUAUACAUGUACUCAAAAACAUGCCAGUUCAUUUCUGUACAGCAAUGUAGCAGGUCAGUUCGUAAUUGAUCGGGUUUCCGGAUAAGUGCACUAUAUAAAUCUAUAUUAUUAUUAUAUUAUUGCAUGUCCAAAACUCACAAUGCUUGUUUUUGUGUGGAAUAUUUCUUUGCAACUCAGAUCAAAGCAGGAACACAUAUAAUUAUGGUAAUUUUUUUUGUACAACUCGUUUAUUAAAUAUUCAAAAUAUUAAAUAAUUAAAUAUUGUUCAACUCCCAAUUGGGAAGCCCACUCCAGCUGUCAUUUAAAGUGCAUGCCCUCUACUUCAUGAGUUUUUAAUAAUUUAUAUUACAUGUUUAUACGUUUCUUUUGUUGUGCGUUUUCAACAACUUUUGUGUAAUUGUUGUUUGGUUCUGUAUCACUGUAUGUAAUUCUUUGUUGAGGUCGAAUAAAUAAUAAUAAUAAAAAUAAAUUAUGUAGGUAUGGAUUAGUGCAAUUUAGUUUAUUUUUGACUAGAUUAUCGUUGAAGACGAAACAUUGAUAUUUUGAUCGGUUUCACUGUUUAGUUACGAAAAAUUAAUGUUAGCAAUGGAACACAUCACAACAUUUAAAAUUUAAAUUUUAAACAAUAUUCGGAAAAAAGAUAGUGUUAGUGUAUUCCAUCUAUUGGGAGAAAAAAAAAUUUCAAUUCACUUAAUAAUUAGUUAAGUUGAUCAGAGGGAUACGUUUGCUUUCUGUUUCUAAUAAAAAAAGAUGACGACAGACAAAAGAA